GAAGUAGAAGAAAUCAUAAUGGACCGUUUGAAAGUCCAAACAAGAGAGGAACCUUUGACCUAAAACUACAAUGGUAUUUAAAAUUUCCCCUGUUUUCAAUCCGUUGAAAAUAGGAGAGGGCGGGAGAUGAGAGAAAUGAAGAACAACCAAAAUGGGUGCAUUUUGAUUAUUUUUAAGUGAAAAACUCGACUUCUCAACUUCUAUAUUCUCCAGAAUGUUUCAAUUGAAUGCGAAAGAGUAGCUGCGCCCUGCAGGGAUGUUCUCAUUUGUGACUACCAACGCUCUUAAACAGUUAACAAGAAGCAUUGGCAACUUUGUAAGUCCUCCUUCAAUCUCAAUGCCUCUUCAACCACCAUCUUGUCCUUCUUUCAAGCAAACUCUGCUUAAUCGAAUCAAAAACUGUUCCACCAUAAACGAACUGCAUGGUUUAUGUGCUUCCAUGAUCAAAACUAAUGCAAUCCAAGAUUGUUUUCUGGUGCAUCAAUUUAUUAGCGCGUCUUUUGCUCUUAACUCUGUACAUUACCCAGUUUUCGCCUUUACCCAGAUGGAAAAUCCUAAUGUUUUUGUGUAUAAUGCGAUGAUUAAGGGAUUUGUAUACUGUGGGUACCCAUUUCGUGCUCUACAAUGUUAUGUACAUAUGUUGGAAGAAUCGAACGUCUUGCCAACUAGUUAUACGUUUUCUUCGUUGGUUAAAGCUUGCACCUUUAUGUGUGCUGUUGAGUUGGGACAGAUGGUGCAUUGUCACAUUUGGAAGAAGGGGUUUGAAUCCCAUUUGUUUGUUCAAACUGCUUUGGUUGAUUUUUACUCAAAGUUGGAGAUACUUAGUGAGGCAAGAAAGGUGUUUGAUGAAAUGUGUGAAAGAGAUGCUUUUGCAUGGACUGCUAUGGUUUCUGCUCUAGCUCGUGUUGGAGAUAUGGAUUCCGCUAGGAAGUUGUUUGAGGAGAUGCCUGAAAGGAAUACUGCAACUUGGAAUACCAUGAUUGACGGCUAUGCAAGAUUGGGAAAUGUGGAGUCUGCAGAGCUUCUGUUCAAUCAGAUGCCAACCAAGGAUAUAAUCUCCUGGACAACCAUGAUCACUUGUUAUUCUCAGAACAAACAAUAUCAAGAUGCAUUGGCGAUUUAUAGUGAGAUGAGAUUGAAUGGGAUUAUUCCCGAUGAGGUAACAAUGUCAACUGUUGCUUCAGCUUGCGCCCACAUUGGAGCUCUUGAACUAGGAAAAGAGAUACAUCAUUAUGUAAUGUCUCAGGGGCUUAAUCUUGACGUUUAUAUUGGUUCUGCAUUAGUUGAUAUGUAUGCUAAGUGUGGGAGUUUAGAUUUGUCUCUUUUGAUUUUCUUCAAAUUGACAGAUAAAAAUUUAUAUUGCUGGAAUGCAGUAAUUGAAGGACUUGCUGUUCAUGGUUAUGCGGAGAAGGCUUUGAGGAUGUUCGCUAUCAUGGAGAGGGAGAAGAUCAUGCCCAAUGGUGUUACCUUUAUUAGUAUAUUAAGUGCUUGCACACAUGCUGGGUUAGUUGACGAAGGCAGGAGUAGAUUUUUAAGCAUGACUCGUGAUUACGACAUUCGUCCUGAUAUCAGACACUAUGGUUGCAUGGUUGAUAUGUUAAGUAAAUCAGGAUAUCUCAACGAAGCGUUAGAAUUGAUUAAAAGUAUGGAAUUUGAACCAAACUCUAUUAUUUGGGGAGCCUUGUUGAAUGGGUGCAAACUUCAUGGAAACUGUGAGAUCGCUGAAGAUGCUGUUGAACAGUUGAUGAUUUUGGAACCCAUGAAUAGUGGGCAUUACAAUCUUUUGGUCAGCAUGUAUGCUGAAGAAAAGGAUUGGAUGGAGGUUGCGCAUAUUCGAUCAAUGAUGAAAGAAAAAGGAGUAGAAAAGAAAUAUCCUGGCUCAAGUUGGAUUGAAUUGGAAGGGACAAUUCAUCAGUUUUCAGCUUCAGCUGAUUCUCACCCUGAUUCUGACAAAAUAUACUUCGUACUGACAGAAUUAGAUGGACAACUGAAGCUAGCUGGUUACAUACUCGAGCCUUCAGUAUGCAGUACUGCUUUGCUUUUUUCAGAGGAAAUUUGAUCAACAUUAAUUGAGGUCAUAGUGAGAUCGAAUGUUAUUUGCAUAUCAAUCAUUUCAGCUUCAUUGAAUAUGGUAUAUUGAAGUGAAAAUUCUCGAGGUCAAGUGCUAAAUGACAAAGCUGGGCUACUAUAGGAGUUCAUAAUUAUUCAGAUCAAGGCUCAAGUUAGCCUCAUCAAGAGCCAUGCUAUCAAAGAAAGGGCAGGGACUAAAUUUAUAACGAAAUAACGUACCACUAUUGUACAACCGGAGCUGACUCAGUGAAGUGAUUUGAUCAAAGAACCCAAGCUAACAGGAUAUCCUGUAACAGAUGGUUUCUUAGGUUGGAACGGCGUGGAGAAAAGAAAACUUCUAGUUUCUUCUUAUGUUGUUUUAAUUUUCAUUUUCUAAACGAAGAACAUGCCUAAGUCUUCUCUUUCCUACUUCAAUGGUGUUCUUAAUCCAUCAAUAUGGCAUUGGAGAAUGCUAAACACUGGCUAAAUUAAAUGGAAGUGCGACUCUCUUCUUCAAGCACUAGCCAUUUUUAUUAUUAUGGAAGUAGCUUGCUUUGUUCUGACAAGAUGCAUGGUUUAAGGGAUAGAGGAAAUUCUUCAAACCUUGUAGGCUAUGCAUCUGCUGUAAGAUAUGGUUCUUAGGGAACAUUAUACACGUUUCUAUCUUAGUCUCUUUUCAUGUACUUAAUGAAAAAUUUCGUAUCAUUUCAAGGUUCAACGAUAGUGAUUGCUAUUAUUCCACUAUUUUGACUUUCCCUUACCAAGUUGGUGGGGGGAAAUCCUACCCAAAUCUCGCAUUAGUCUUUCUCAUACUCUGCCAAAGUUCACUAUUCUGAAACUUCAUCUCAAACAGAAGUAUGCUUUCUGACCUUGCUAUAAACUUACAUCCACAAAGGUCAUAAAAAUUUGUAAAAUAGAGGUGGAUUAUUAUUCAGGUUGAUUAUAGAGACAGAAGUGGCCUCUGUUUACCAACAAGUUGGUAUUGUAUUUUCUUGAGCAUUUUAUCACAAUAAGAAAGGAAAAAAAAAAAAAUCAAAAGAAACUUAUCUAGAGACGCCCAAAUUCAUAGUUUCUUCUAAGAGGACUUCAUGCACUUGGCAAUGGACCAGGAUGGGGUUAAUAUUUAAUCACAAAAUAUUUUUACGUUCCAAAAUUUUUUAAAAAAUUGAUCUGAAGUGCUUACUACUUCCGGUUCAAUUCACUAGACCCUUAUAUAGUUCCCUUGUCUCUGAGAGUAACAAUAAAGUCUGUUGUUGUUCUUUAGCGGUGUAAACCUUUUCUCCAUCCAACAAUUGUAGUCUAAAUAGUCUUUUCCUUUUAGUUUAGAACUUGACGCCCUCGUUAUUCUCAUAUCUCAUACCAUCUAUGAAAUUGUUUCUUAUUUUCAAAGAAGGUCCAUGCUCGAGAUGAAAACUUCUUGAAAAAGUCAGAACAAAAAGCCUUGAUUUGGCUAAUAGUUUAACUGAGGUUAAAUUUAUACAAGUAUAAACUUAUCUAAGCUUAUAAUCGAUUUGGAUGAAACUAAUGGACGAAUGUAGAGCUAACGAUUUAAACGUGGCUGCACAAACUAACAAUUAGAAGACGAUAUAAAGCUUGAGACUUUAAGAUUAAAAGUAUACACCUCCCCUCCCCAAAGCUUAGAGAUAAAAAUUGAUCCCCACACCGAACGCCCUCUCGUCCUUCUGAAUUUACUUCUUAUUGACCAUCCGUUUAAGAAUCAUCAUCAAAACCUACUCUUGACUUAUAUAGAAUGAGCGGAACCAUCGUAUAUUUAAAGAUAAAGAAUCAGAUUUCACACACUUUUUUUUUAUCACUUUUUGUAUACAUCUCUAUCAUGGUGUAAAUUCACUUCUAACUUUUGUGACUACAAUCUCACUUCUCUUAAAUCUCAAUGGAAUAUCAUGAUGAAAUCUUUCUUGGCACUUGAUGCCCUUUUGUAAUUUCAUUUUAUCAAUAAAAUUUGAUUGACUGUUUCUAAAGUCCCCCACACCAAAAGAGGAAAACUAUUGCCAGUACAAGGGAAACAAAACAGAGGAAAAUGAACCAAGAGACUCGAAUUUUGUAAAGUGACAACUGACCAGGAUAGGAAAAAGAAGAAAGUUUCAUAAAACUGUUGAACAAAUGAUGAUUAAAAAAAUAGGCUCUACAACCAUUAGGGAGGGGCUUGACCGAUCAAAGCUCGAGUUCAACAUCAACUGUAUUCAUGAAAAAGUCCAAAAAAAAAAA